AUGUCGUUCUGGGAUAAUAACAAAGACUCCUUCAAAGCUGCCGGGGUAGCUACGGCUAAAGGUAUUGGUAGAGGAACUAAAGCUGUAAGUAAAGCAGGGUAUAGAACCUACAAGAACCACAAGGGAGGUCAGCCAACGGAAGGAGAAGAAAAUCACGUUGUACAUGAUGUUACAUUGCCACCAAAACCAACCAAGGAUCAAUUGGCAACGUUCCAAGCUCCUCCAAGAAGAAAUGUGCCGGCGUUCCAGCCUCCUCAUAGAGGCGAAACAAGUCAAUACACAGCCUUGGUUGCACAACAUCAAGCCAAUUUAGCUCAACAACCUCAAUUGGAGUCUCAGGCUCCCCCUCAGUUCUACAGUCAGCCUAUGGCUCAGGGUCAGCCUCAGGAACAGGUGCUGUUUUCCGCUCAACCUCAAACCGUAGAGAUUCCCCCACCCCAACAGCCCCCUGUGUAUCCACUGACUGAUCAAUUGGGUUAUCUGGUUUCAACACCUCCAGCAGUUCCAGGGAGGCCUUUACCUGCAAUUCCUCCUGUUGCAACUCCUCAUGUAUCAACGGAUGGUACUCAACCCGCUGCCACUGCAACGCCUAACCCGGGGUUUAUGCAAAAUGCACAACUGAAUGUCAACCAUUUGGCAAACGUGGGCAAAGCGGCCCUGCUUUUAGGUCAAUAUGCUCCCCAACAACAGCAUCAACCGUCAUCAGCUGGUCCUCAAUCAACUCCAGCCGGUCCUCAACCAUCUUUCAGUCAGAAUUUGAACACUGCUGCCACAGGUUUACUGCUGAUGGCAGCAUUACUGCAACAGUUCAAUCUGGUAAUGUCCCAACAACCACAACAAGAUCAGCAGCAGUCAUUUCAACAGCAACAACCCCAGCAACCUUCCGCCAACCAACAGCCGCUAAGUACUCCGACUAACCCAGCCCAACCUUCAACUGGAUAUGGCACGUUACCAUUGCCAGUAAGGCCUACAGCUGAAGCAACAACUGUUGUUCCAAAUAAUGAACAUGGUGGCCAAAUACAACCUCAGACUGGUAACAGUUAUCUACCACAAACAAAUGAACAACCCAAUGUUUCUCACCAACCUGGCUAUGAUAUUCCACUGCCUGCUUAUGGUGCUCAGUUACCCGUUUAUGCUCCUCAACAGUCUAUUGGUUCACAGAAUAGUGUUCCUCAAUCUUUUGGUGCUCAACCUCGUCCAAUUCCAUCUGCACCAACGUCAUUGAACCAAGUUCCUUCGAAUGCUACAGCACCCCCCGAAGUGAACCCAAAAAAGCCUUUGCCCGAUCCAACUUCGUUUGCACCUCCUCCAGUUCGCAGAGACCGUGGUACCCAGAAUAACCAAAAGGAGACUACCAAUGUUCCUUCUUCACCAGGGCCAAUCAUUGCAUUAGGACAAGGACAAGCACAAGGGCAAGGAACACCUCCAGCUUUACCGUCAAGAACUCUGACUACUCAAAUAAAUGAUCAACCUGCUGUGACGAACAUACCGCCGGUUGUGUCUCACACUGCUGACUCAACAGAAAAUGCUCCUGUCAAAAAGCUGUUUGACCCUAUGGCUUUUCCACCACCACCAAAGAGAGUUUCUGCUCUGACAACACCAGAACCAUUAGAUAAGCCUCAAUCAGACAAGGAUACUUCAACUUCCAAUUCUGUUCCACCACCAAAACCUUCUAAGAAGCCACCACCUUCCAAACCAUUAAAGUCUCAUAGCAAAUCCCCUGAGCCAAUUCAACGUCUCGAAGAUCCCAAAGUAAAUAUAACGCCACCUCCAAAUUACACUGAUGAGAUUGCUUCAACUUUCACUAAUGGAAAGGGCUUGAAACACACUUUACCUCCUGAAAAGCCACAGGUUUCUCCUUCUGAUGCACCAAAACCAUUUACUGCAUUGAAGCCUGUUAAGCCAAUUGCUUCUAAACCAAAGAUUAUUGAAGUUGAUACAGAUACAAGUGUUCUUCAAGCACCAAACGUAAAGCAUUUGACUCCACAGCCUGCAAAGCCUCUUAAACCGGUGCCCUCAGAGCCUACAAAAACACUUCCUAAGGAUCAACCUUCUAAUCUUUCUUUUAUGGAUCAGCUUAAUCUGGUUUUGUCUCCCGGGAAUAAGUCAAAACCUUCACCUCCGGUAGACUCCAUGUCAAUGCCAUCCAAGCCACAGAAACCAGAAUCUAUCGAUGCUCCACCGAAACCACUGAAACCUCCAAAGAAGCCUGAACCUCCAGUUCUAGAACCUGCAACUCAAAAAGACAAGAAUAACGUGGCUAGACAAUCACCCAACCCUCCACCGCCUCCACGUUCUCGAAACUCUCCUCAAGCACCAUUAUCGCCAGCUACUACAUCAAAUUCAAACUCAAAUUCCACACAUGUACCUCCACCUCCACCUCCAAGAAAUUAUAACCGGGCAAAGGCUGCUUUACCUCCUCCCAAAAAGAGCGGGCCUCCAGAACUUGAUUUGGAAUUGACUACUGGAUGGUUUACUAAUCUUCAAAGUCCGUUACCUAAGUCAUUGCAAGGGUUAAACAAUUCUACUUCAUAUCUGUAUCUGCUGGUGGGAGGAACCACAAAACACGUUAGAACAAUCACAGUUAGACUCUUUGACUUGGGUAUUGUUGCUUACAAAUUUGAAUGGUCUGAUAACAAUGUUGCUGGGGUUGUAGUGCAAAUUGAGAAGUAUAUUCCUUCCCCAAUUGACACCAAGAUUCCUACUAAACAGGAACUAGUUUCCUACCAGCAAAUAUAUGGAGAGCAUGUUGCCGCUUGGUCUGAGCAACAAAUGGGUAAGCAAGUCGGUAGAGGAGAGUGUUGGGAUCUUGCUCAACACGCCUUAGAGAAGGGCUGUGGAAAGCAUGCUUUUAUAUCUACAUAUACGCACCAUGGAUUCCCAAUUAUUGAGAUUGAAGCCACACCUACUGGGGGGUUGAAGUAUUUACGGUCCCAGCUUGAUGAAGUCAAAAGGGGCGACAUUCUUCAGUUCAAAACGUGUGUCUUUGAAGAUAAAACUACUGGGGUCACAACUACAGCUGGAGCACCAGAUCAUACUUCUGUGGUGACCGCAACAUUUAAUGGGAAAAUUAAUGUCGUACACCAAAAUGUUGGCGGUGUUAGAACUGUCAUGACUGGCUCCUAUACAUUGGCCAACUUGGUCAAGGGUACUGUUACAGUCUAUAGACCUGUGCCUAGUGAAUGGGCAGGGUCGUUGUAA